AAUGAAAUGCGCGAGUGAGUCUGGGAGCGGUCCGGAGGUUGGAGGUGGCCGCAUAUGACGUCACUACUGCCGGCAGCCAAUCACACCUCAUUAUGUAGAUGAUUUCAGGGGCAAGGCCGUCACCACCCUGUGUCCCGCCUCCACUCACCACCCCGGGCUCGGCGUGACGGUGGUGACUGCUACGGGCAUACAUCCUCCUCUUCCACCACCAACACCAACACCACCAUCAUCAUCAUCAUCACCACCGUCACCACUAACACCACCACCACCGCCAACAAUACAUUACCAAAACCACAAGCACCACCACCACGCCCACAACCACGCCCACCCCACCGCCAGCGUGCCGCCCACCCGAGCCCCCGGCAUGGCCCAGCUGGAAAUACCGUCCAUAGUGGUGCACAACGGGUCUACGAGCGCCCCGGGCAGCCCCAACAUGGAGCGGGCGGUCAGACCUCUCCGCCCACACAAUACUCUCUCCAAACAGGUUUCUCUGUUGGACGAUGACUGCGAUGAGGGCGUGGAUGAUGGUGGAGACUUGCUGCCGGACACACCACCAACACAUCCCCACUCUCAUACUCCACCACCCACUCCACCUGGUGGACGUGGAGUGUCCCCUCCAUCACCUUCUGCUAAUUUCACACACCACCAGAGUGGCCCUCCACAUGGUCCAGGGCCCGGGGGAGGAGGUGGAGGACUAAAUAACCAAGUCGGCCAUGGUGGGUUGGGCCAUGGUGGAUCAAAUCAUACAGGGCCAAACCAUGGCAGUCAGGGCCACACGGCUCAGGGUCAGGGGCGCUCCAAGUCCUUGGAGCUACACCAACAACGCUCAACAGAUUCAGACAAAGAGGCUCCACUAGUUACCUCAGCCAGACACAGGCACCAUGGAGGAAAGCCAAAACUCUUGCAACGAAGUCAUGCCAUGCGAGAGGAUACAUCCCCUCCACCAGAGCUGCUGGAGCCAGUUCCCCCUUCCUCACACUGCAGCAAUAACAGCAGUGGGGGUAACACGCUCACAGUGUCAACAGGUGGUGGCAGCCGGAGAAGACUUAAGCAUCAAGGAUCCUCACAAGGUUCAUUUGAUGGCUCCUCUCCAUGUCUCUCUAGAGAUUCAUCAAUGGAGUACACAGAUAGUAGUGGUGUAGAUCUGCAACAGUUCAUAAUUCAAACUUUACACAAGAACCAAAAAGACCGCAUGAUGCUCCUGAAGAUUGAACAUGAGCUAGUCAGCCUUGUGAAGGACACCAAACGAACACACCACAAGUUUCCUCCAAUGUCAUCUUAUCAGCGAAUGCUUGUUCAUCGGUGCGCUGCAUUCUUUGGUCUGGAGCACAAUGUUGACCAAGCUGGAACUGCCGUCAUUGUAAAUAAAACCCGGAAUACUCGCCUUCCUGAGACGCGUUUCCGCGAUCACUGCCGCGAUGACCUUCUGGUGCCGGAUGAGCCGAAGAGGUCUAUCCUUAAGAGGGACUCAUCAUCUUUUGACGAUGGCUCAAAUUACAAGUCCCUAGAUAGACAAUUCAGCUCAGAAUCAAGGAGGAGUAAGAGCUUCGAGGAACGGGAAGAGGAAUACGAAAAAGUAAGGAAGCGAAUAUUCAGUCAGGAGUCUUUAUCAUCUGCUGAUGGUUUGGGUGAUUCACCUGUCAGAAGUCAUGACUCUCGUAGAAAUUCACAGGAUGACUCACGAUGGCACGAACACCGAAACUGGAGUUUUAUGGACUCAGAGGUCUCACAUCGAAAGCAUCACUAUGACAAUCAUAGAUUAAGACCUGGAAGAUUACCAAAAGUAGAAUCAUUUGAAAGCAGAGAUACCCUUCACCCAAGAUCGUUACGACCGCCUGUGUUUAAAUCACAUAGUUUUGGGGGCUACAGUGGUGGAGUAACAGUAUUGUCUAGAGGAGAGUCUGUGUCAAGCAAUAUCUCUUCAUCUAGAUUAAGUAAACAAGACUCAACCAGUAGUCGGAUAAGUGACCAGAGCAUGAGCUCAGGAUAUAAAUCACAAAGACAGGACACCAGCUCCACCAAUGUCUCCAAUACUCUCUCCACUACUCCUUCUCCAACCACUAGUCAGCACCAGCAGUCCUCUAACAGUCAGGUUGGUAUGUGGGGUGGUGAAGGGGAUAGCCAGGCAGUGAUGUGGGCAGUUACAGACAUGGAAGCAGUCCCUCCAGGGGCCAUGUUAAUAAAUCCACAGAGUGGGCAGCCAUACAUGAACUCAGAUGGAUCUGUGUAUCGUUUUGACCCAAAUAAUCCGCCUCAACUUAGUCCUAGUGUGAAUGGCAGCAGCUCUGGUGGGGGCAACUCUCGUGAUAAAGAUUCGUCCUCUGAAAAGAAUACAACUACUAGUCAACCUUCAGGUGGUUCAAAUGGGAGUAUAACUACAUGUAUAACUCAAAUUCCGGCUGUAUCCCCGUCCUCUCCACAUGAUAUAACUCCACCAGCCUCAAAUAGUGUCCGGAGUCCACCCAGUAAACAACAUAGUCUUCAGCAAUCCUCACCUGAACCUGCACAAAAUGUGGUGAGUGGUGGUGUAUCAAACAAUGGAGAAGUGAGAGAAACAGAAGGCAGCACUGGAACAGGUAAUGGAGGAACAAAUGAAGGUGUUGUACAGCAGGCACCACAAGUAAUCUACCCACAGUAUUACCAGAUAGAGUCCAGAUCAUACUCUCAGGAGGGACAUGCAAAUGAGGUUACGAACCAAAUGCGAGGCUUAUGUUUAAGUGGGCCAAGCAGUGGGGGGGACAGUGGCAGUGAUCUUACAGCAGUGCCAGCACCAGCUGCUCCUGUUCCCCAGAGUUAUGUUGUUCCUAGACAGCACUAUACACAGCCUGUGUACUACAUGCCAUCUGGAAAUGUAGGCAAUAUGAGUGGGUCCCUCAAAUAUGUCUACCCUCAGUACCAAAUGGCUCCAGUACAGGCAACCCCAGCAGGUGUCCAGGCCCCAACUGGAGUUCAAGCUGCAGGUAUGCAACAGGUGCAAGGCAUGCCUGCUGUUCCAGCAGUUCCUGCUGUGGCUGGAGCUGUUCCUGCAGCACCAGUUCCACCCACUGCCCAUCAUCCAUCCAUGGACCACAACCCUGCACUUCCCCAAGGUGGAGGCUAUCUUCCUGGAGGAUACACAGUUGUGACAUAUCCAGCAGGUGGUAGUGUAGGGGGAACGAGUAAUGGCCAAGAGACAGGUGGCACUACCUACUACUACCAGUUACCUGUGACAGCUGCUGGUGCAGGGCUAACUGGGCCUAUACCAACAGGUCAGCCUGCCACAAGUCUGCAGCAGUAUACUCUCACCCCUUCAACCUCCACCACCACUUUCCCUCAAUGGUGUCAGCGAGAACACUGGCAUUUGUUCUCUUGUCUUCCCAGCGAACUCAUACAGCAUCAAAAUGUCCCACAACCAGAGAGAAUGGGUAGCAGCAUGGGCUACUACACAGCGAGCGGCAUGCCAGGUGGUGGAGUGUACCAGACAAUGGGGGGCAUGCAAGGUAUGUCUGGAGGGAUGUAUGGGACCCCCCAGGGCCCCACGGCAGCAGGUCACACUACUACUGUCUCCUACAGGGCACCAACACCCCCACAGACACCUAGCACACAGGGCAUGAGUAUGAGCCUAGGGUAUGUGAGUGGCAGCAGUGGGGGGGUUGGGGUAGCCCCAGCUGGGGGUGUAGGAGGGCAAUAUAUGGCAAUGGUCCCACCCCAGCAGCCCCCCACCCCCACAUCCCACGCCCCUCCCCAGCUCUUCACAACCUUCUUUAGGCCUUCUGUACAGAUGAUGAGUGGAUCAGCAGGGACUCCUCCACCACAACCUGUGUUGCAGUACGGGGGUGGUGCAGCCCCACCCACAGGCCCUCCAGGGACUGUCACCCCACAUCCUCCUGUGUUUGCUAAGCCUUAUAUGGGGCCUACCAUGCACACCAUCAUGCCUGGACACUUACCAGACCAGUCAGGUAUAGGCAAGGAUGACAAGCGGCUAAUAACCAUGACACAAAAUAUGGGUGGUGCUCCUGGUGGUCCCACAACUCAACUUCUGGCUAGACCUUACUCCAUCAUGCAAAGUGAUAUGCGGAUAUUUGGGGGGACAAGCGGGCUUCCCAACACAGGUGGGAUGAGUGGUGGCAGCCUGCCUGGUGGUGGGGCUCCAGGUCACAUGCGGGCUGCCCCUUUACUUCUGGCAGGGGCACGCCCGCGACACCCGAAUGCCUUCACUCCCACCCCACUUGCCCCCCUCAGUCUAGCAAGACCACCUAAAGUGCGCAGACAGAGGUCACGAACUUCUUAUGUCCGUAGCACAGAAGUUAUGACACCUCAGCUGUCAGUGGAAGGUCAAGAGUCAAAUGAUUGAAAUUAUUAUCCUGCUAUGCUUUGAAGCAAUCAUCUCUAAUCAAGCUUUUACAGUGGGAGUAAUAUUUAAAUUAAGUAAAAUUAUGUGAUGCUUAUCACAAAAUUUCUUACGUAUCUCCUAGAUAGGUGCUGCAGUGAUGGUUGAUGAAAGCCUUAUGUAGUGUCUGUUGAGUUCUGUAUGUUUUCAACACCCAAUCUGUUGAAUGUUCUAGACUCUGUGUUGAGGAUUAUAAGUGUAGUGGUAGCGCAAUGGAUAAUCCUCCAACACAGCCAUAUAAAAACACCGUGAUUUAAUAUAGUAAGGAAAUACAGAUACAUGUAGAACUUCAAGGUGCAGAUGAAUUUAUUUUUUGUGAGAUUCUGAUUAAUUAGAACUAUGGAAAGAAUGUGAAUAUAUAUAUUAACUCUACCAGCAUUGUUAUCCUCCAAGAGCCCAGGGCAAAUUCGAUGCAAUAUUAAGAAAGUAACAUGAAGAUAACUGAUUUGGAGAGGCACUCAUAUUAAUUAAUACAAUCCUGAAAAAAAUUUAAACUUUAUUUGUUGUCCUAUUAUUCCAACCACAAUUCAUUACAUUUCUUCUUAUAAUACUAUUAGACUUCAAUAGCAUCUUAUCUGUGGGUUACAUCUACCAUGUAUCAUAUACAGUACUGUAUACACACAGUCCUACAUCUAACAUUUUAUUAACUUCCUGUAUGACCAUUCCCCCUACAGUUCCUCUUUUAAUGCAAAAAUCAUUUUCAGCAUUCCUCUUCUUAAGAAUAUAUAUUUGAAGCUAUCUCCUUGAGGUAAUAUUUUUUAACUUAAGUAAUUACUGUAUAGACUUUUUUUCACUAGUGUGGAAACCUCUCCCCUAAUUCUCUGUCUUCAGAAAGUGUUGUGUUGAUUAUUCUGCCGUCUUACCAGUAAUUAUCAAGAGACCUUAUUUAUUUUACCUUCAUCACAUAUGUUUUGCAGUAUAUUAGUUGCCUUGUACGUAUACAUAUCUUUAAUUAUUUUCUGUGUAUGGAUCUUGUAUGGAAAUUAGUACUGAAAUUUAAGUAAUAUUUAUUAAUAUUGUUUUAAAAAAUUUAUUUACAAAAAAUAGUAAGUGCUGUUAUUAUAUUUAUUAUCAUCUUUCUUAUACAAUGGUUACAAUUUUAUUAUUUUCACUGUAUACAUGUACUUACGUUUAGUCUUCUUUUAUACACCUGUAAACUAAUUUCCUAAUACUUUGUAACUUCUGUGCAAAUUACCUCUUUAAUUAGCUUUAUUUAAUUUUUCUACAGCCAUUCUAUAUCUUAUUAUUGAAAAAUAUAAGCAUUUACCGGAUAAUGUUGGUAAAUGUUUCAUUAGUUGCUGACUUUUCAUUAUGAGUGUAUUAUUUUAUUUGAGUGCAUCUCCUUAAUAAUUCAUGAGUGAAAUUAGUAAAAAGAAAAAGUGAUGCAUAAGAAAAAUUUUGUUUAACAAUAAUAAGCAAAACUUCUUGAUAACUGUAAAUCAUUUAGUGCAAAGAAGUGGUGGUUACCUAAUGAUACAAGCAGGGAUGCAGUGACAUGCAAUGAACUAUCUUGCACAAAAAGAUUAUCUUAAGUGAAAAUACUGUUGGCUGAUAAUUAGUAUAAUGUACAUAAUAGUAAAAUAUUUAAUAACUUAAUAGCCAAGAGUAGAAAGACAUUUAUAUGCCAUCCAGGCUAAGGCAGCAAUGUACAGGUUAUAUGAUGAAGAAGUAAUAAACAUGAACCACAAAUUCAUAAUACAUUGUCCAUGAAUUCA